UUAGGAAUUAGAGAGUAAAAUCCCAGCACAAUGUUCACCAAUAGAGACGCUGAUUCAAGUAAUGAUGAUGUGGAGGCCGAGUUUCCCAGGUGUUCGCUGCCAGAAUUAUAUGCACUGGCUGAGAAUUUUCAUAAGGAGAGCAAAAAAUCAAAUCACCUAAAAACUUUUGGUAUUUCACCAACUGAAGCACGGAGAACACUUAGUCAAACCCUGAAUGCCAUGGCACCCACUAGCAGAACUGAUUUGGGAGAAGAUUCCCAACCUGUUUUCAAGAUCAAGGUGACUAGAAAAGAUAAGGAGAAGCCACCAUCAAUGACUGAACUCCUACAUCGCAGCUUACUGACCGGCUCGCCCUCUCAAGUAGACCAGCUGGGGAAAUCCCAGGAGAGACUUGCCUACUAUGGGAUCCCUCCUCCCUUGCACACUUUUCCCUAUGAGAUUAUCCUCAGUGAAACCAACCUUUCAGGCACACAGAAGAAGUUUUCAAGUGCCAGGAAUUUAUCCAAGAUAAGCAUUCCCAAGAUGAAGGCAGACAAGAUUUUAUUUGAAGAUAGAAUUACUGAAUACUCAAUAAUUGAACCAGGUACUCUAAACAUGGUGGGAGAAAAAGAGUGGAAAUCUUACUAGAAAAUUUACCUAGAUUUCUAGAGUUGCAAGUGUCAAAUAUUGAUCGAUGGGAAUAUUAGCGUUCUGGUGCUCUGCUACAUGUCAAAGCAAUGGGAAAUGCAGAGCUCUAGCAAACAUCCCAGGGUCAAGUCCCAGACUCGUUCCCAAAAGUGGUGUAUUUAAACUUACUUUUCUAAAAUGAGCCAGUUCAACUUGACCUCUAAAGCACC